AUGGGUUUUGUGGCGAUUGUAGAAUGGAGGACACAGAGAUACGACUCUAAGCAAAUGGUAUAUAAAGGCAAGGAAUCUGUAAGAUUGAUUUUCCUUCAGAACGAGAGAAGAAGAAGAAGACGAAGUAUGGCGAACGCUAACGAGUCGACGACGACGAACUCGAGCCUUGAAGCCAGCUCAACGGCUCCAGCGAAAAGAUCAACUCCCACCUCUACGCCUGAUAAACCCAAGUCAACAUCAUCCACACCGUCCCCAGCUCGAGCCCUCCGAAACCUCCGAAACAACGGCAGUGAUGCGCGCCUCCCUGUGGAGGAUGAACGUGGAGGAAUGGUUUCAACACCGAGGUCUCUCCCUCAGCCUGAGGGUCACAGUGCUCGUCCGACCAUAUCUCUCCCUCAGGAUCAGCUUCGAACGACCAGACUUCUCCCUCAGGAUCAAGUUCACCCGACCAUAAAGGCUCAGGCUAGGCCCUCGCCUGCAUCUUCGACGACCGCCAGACGGGAUAGGAAGGAAAGGAACUCGAGAGUGGAGGUUGGAGUUAAACGCAAGGCUGAGAGUGGAGGAGACGUUGAGACGCCGAAUCGACGCGUACGGCUUGACUCUGAAGCUGUUUCCACCACUUCGACUGGUACUACCUCCACGGCCUUGUCAACCUCCACAUCCACACCCUCAUCCACUUCCAAACCCUCAUCCAUUUCCAAACACUCAUCCAUUUCUACGCCCUCAUCGAUUUCUACACCCUCAUCGACUUCUACACCCUCAUCGACCUCUACCGCACCUUCCACCGCCUCCACAGCCGAUCGGAAACCAAGUGAAAUAUACCUCGAGUUCAAACAACACGAAACCCGCGCCGAGCUCGCCGCAAAGCUUCGAAAACUGGAGGACGAUCUGAGGAGGGUGAGGGAAGGUGACUUGAUGAAGGUGUGGAUUUUGGGUGCGCCGUUGGAGUCGAGGGAGGAGGAGGAAAGGAGGCGUGUGGCGGAGGCGAAGGCGAAGGCGAAGGCGGAGGGGAAGGCGAAGGGGAAGGGGAAGGCCAAAACGACUAAGCCAAUCGAGCCCAUUUUCGAGCCCUUUGCCAAAGCUCUAAAGCCAACGACCGGGCGAUGGAGGCACCUGACCAUCUCCGACUGGGACGCGGAGUUGGACAGACUGACUCAAGGCGGGCGACUCCCGACCCCGACGCAGCUUGCCUCCUUCACCAUCGUCGGGUCUCCCGAACUACGUCGGAAUCGUGCUCAACCUACCACCCUCGCUCGUUACUACGAACAGCCCCCUGACGAACUAAUCCCCAUCCGUCCUCCCUGCUACUCCCUCCCCACUCUCACAUCCUUCACACUCUGCUCCUCCGCUUUCGCCCUUUGGGUACCCCGUUUCAACUUUAUGAAGCACAAUUUUGGCACUGUUACGACGUUUAGGGUGCAUGGGUGUUUCAAGUGGGAGGUCGUCGUGGAGGAGUUUUUGGUGUGCAUGGAGAGGGUGGAGGUGUUUGAGUGGGAUUGUAAAGGAUUCCGGGGUGGUCGUUGGGGGGAUGUACAAGGGAAGAGGACGAAGGAGGGAGGGAAGGGGAGGAAAGAGGAGGAGGAGAAAGGAAGGACUUCGUUGGUUCCCACCACCCCGCAUACGUUCAAGCACCUGAACAAAGUAUCCAUCCGCCAGCCUCUCCACCACAUCCUCACAUUCCUCGGGAAUCCCAAAUUUCGUUUCCCAAAGUUGAAACAUAUCGAGUUGACGUUCGCCGAUAGCACAGCCAAGUCUGAGUCUGCAACGAAGACGCUUAAGCACAAGUUCCUCCCACAAGGCCAGAGGCUCCGCCACCUCCUCGACUCUGACCGUUUCGGCGUCCCACCAGGCGAGUUGGACCGGUUCAAGAUGAUUGGCUUCCCGAAGCAGUUUUUGGCUCCGUUCUCGGAUGUUGGUGGGUUUGAGUGGGCGUUGGGGGAGAGAGUCAAGGGUGGAGGUGGGGAAGAGGUGGAGGGUGGAGGUGAGGAAGGAUGUUGCCUUCGGGUUUAA